AUGUUCUCCGCUUCUACCAAGGCUGCGCUCGCGUCCGUCGUCCUUUCGGCGCUUGCUGUAUCUGCGACCCAGUCUGUGUCGCUCAAGGUCGCUGGCCCCUCGGACGUCACCGACGUCGAGAACCUCAAGGUCACGACCACGAUCACGAACACGGGCGAUGAGACGCUCAAGCUCUUCAACGACCCCAACUCCGCGUUGAGCACGAUGCCGGCGAACACCUUCGCCAUCAGCAACUCCGCUGGCGCGGUCCCGCAGUUCACUGGCAUUAAGGCCAAGUACUCGAUGGACACUGUCGUUGCGAAGAACAUCAGUGACUUCACCGUCCUUGCUCCAGGCGAGUCCGUUGAGAAGGUUCACGACUUGGCCGCUGCGUACAACUUCACCCUCUCGGGCGAGGAUGCCUACACCUUCGAGGCCUCCAAGUCCUUCUUCCACCUCGCCGACGAUGGCUCCAUCGUCCCCAUCGAGGCCGAGGCGGAGGCACACACCGCAAAGCUCGCCGGCAAGCUCGUCCUCCCCCGCAACACGAUCUCCAAGCGCGCCAGCUACAAGGGUUGCUCCUCCUCGCAGCAGUCGCAGAUCCAGAGCGCGAUCUCCGCCGCGACGACGUACGCCGCCAACGCGUACAGCUACCUCUCCUCGCACACGAGCGCGACGACGCGCUACACGACCUGGUUCGGCACGUACUCGUCGAGCCGCCAUAGCACCGUGCUCUCGCACUUCCAGCACCUGCACGAGGGCGACUACAGCAGCUUCACGUACGACUGCACGUGCACGAAGGCGGACACGUACGCGUUCGUCUACGCGGAUGACUACGGCACCAUCCAUCUCUGCCCGGUCUUCUGGCAGGUCAGCACGACUGGCACGGACUCGCAGGGCGGCACGCUCAUUCACGAGUCCACUCACUUCACCAAGAACGGUGGUACCGACGACAUCGUCUACGGCCAGAGCUCUGCCAAGUCGCUCGCGAAGAGCAGCCCGAGCCAGGCUGUCCAGAACGCCGACAGCCACGAGUACUUCGCGGAGAACAACCCUGCGCUGUCGUAA